UCGCGGCCCUGAGUAUCCAAGAUGGAUGACAACCUAUUUGUCAGUUUGGACAGACUUUUGCUAGAAUUUGUUUUCCAGUAUGAGCAAGAUAUAAGUACUAAAGAAGAUAUGAUUCAGCGAAUUAAUAAAUGUGUUGAAGAUAUUAAGGAAAACAAAGCAACUAUUUGUAAGAUACAUGAAACUAUAAAUACAACAGAUGAAGAGAUUGGUCAUUACUGUAAACAUAGUAAGGAGAUCAAAGACAACUGUAGUAACUGGAAGCCAACAUGUGAUGUUUUUCAUAAACAUGAAGACUAUAUGCAGGACCAAUUUACUAUUUAUCAAGAAACUGUUGAAAAAGACAAAAAAAUGUACCAUGGUUAUAUAUGUCAGUAUAAAGAUGUUUUGAAGCAAUACCAACUAAAAUACUCAGAAACACCCUUUUCACAUGAAUAUUAUGAGAAGAAAAGAGAACAUGAAGAAAUUCAAAACAGAGUGUUGGCAUGUACUGAACAACUAAAAAUGAAUGAAACUAUUUUUAUGGAAUUUCUAGUUCCUGCUCCCUUUCCAUCACGUACUAAAUGGACAUUACAUAUUGUUAAUUUGAGAUAUAAAACACAAGAUGUUCUUAAACUUGCCAACAAUUUUUCCAAAAGUUCAUCUGAAUUGAAGAAAGAAGUAGAUGAAAUGGAAAUAGAAAUUAAUUAUUUAAACCAGCAGAUUGCAAGACUUUAUGAAACUAAGAAUCUCUCAGAAACUUUGGAAGAAAAAAAUAAAAAUAUAGAAAAGAAAAAGGAAUUGAAAGAAAGAAUUUUUGAAAAAGAUGAACAACAUAUACUUAUAUUGAAUAAAGCCCCUCAAAAAAGUCAAUUAUUUCUUCCAUAUGAAUCUCAGAAAUUGGUCAGACCAAUAAAAAUGCACUCUUCAGAACCAAAAGUUAUAGAUAAAAAGGAAGAAAGUUCUGUGAAGCAGUCAAAGCUUGCCAAUAUUGACUUCAGACAAAAAGAAAAUGAUACACAGGUAUUUAAUGACUCUACUGUGAAUAACCAUUCAGAAUGUUCACAUGUUGCAGCUAUUAAAAGUUCACAAAAUUUUAUGCAGUUCAGAUUGUUAACCCCACAGAAACAAUCAAAUUGCAAUCAAUGGUUUGAAAAAGGAGAUACAGAUGCUGAGUGUGGAGAUAAAGGGACAGUAAGACAAUUAAGAGAAUCAAAAUGUACUUCACAAGUUCUGUAUGCAGAACAUUUUGGAAAGCCAAUAGAAGAUAAUAGUGAUGAAGUAGAAGAAAGGGCUGAGAAUUUUCCACGAACUCCUGAAAUUCCUUUAUUUUUAAGAACUCCUGAAGCUGUGAAAACACCUGAAUCCUUGGAGAAAUUAGUGUUCCCCAAAACUCCCACAUUUGAAAUUAACAGAAAUAGAAAUACAGUACCUGACGGUCAAACACAAAAGGAAUCCCCUGGAUUUUCUUUCAUUAUGAGUUAUACUUCUAGAUCACCUGGAUUGAAUUUAUUUGAUUCUUCUAUAUUUGAUUCAGAAAUCUCAUCAGACCAGUUUAAUGAACAUUCUGCAGGAAAUUUAAAUCCUCUCUCAUCACAACAAGAAAUUGGAAACUUAUUUGGGAAACCAGAAGGAGAAGAUGGCUUUACAUUUUCUUUUCCAUCAGAUUCUUCAACUCAUACAUUUGGAGCUGGAAGAGAUGAUUUUAGUUUUCCAUUUUCAUUUGAACGAGAUCAAAACUCAACACCUUCUUCUGUCAAAGGUUUUUCAUCUUCCUCACAAAAUACAACCCAAUUUACUUUUUUUUGA